UAACCGGAACAGCAAGAUGGUGGAGAAUGAGGAGUUUCGGCAGGAGUCAGUACUGUAACGCAGACCUCAGCCUGUGGACUGGUGAAACAGCCGUGUGGCACGACAGCAAAGCCAGCAUGAAUCUCCAGCAGCAAUCCCCUCUCAUCCCCCCCGUCCACCCUGAUGUGCAGAUGAAGCCCCUGCCCUUCUAUGAUGUGCUGGAUGUCCUAAUCAAACCUUCAAGUCUAGGAGCGAGUACUGCACAGAGGUAUCACCAAGAAAAAUAUUUUAUCUUUGCCUUGACACCUCAGCAAGUUCGAGAAGUAUGCAUAUCCAGGGACUUUCUACCUGGAGGCAGAAGGGACUAUAUGGUUCAAAUUCAGCUGAGGUUUUGCUUGUCAGAGACAAGUUGCCCUCAAGAGGAUAAUUACCCCAACAGUCUCUGUAUAAAGGUCAAUGGGAAACUUUUUCCUUUGCCAGGUUAUGCACCACCACCAAAAAAUGGCGUGGAACAGAAGAGACCGGGAAGACCUCUAAACAUUACCUCCCUCGUCCGGCUCUCCGCUGCAGUACCCAAUCAGAUUUCAGUGACAUGGGCGCCUGAAAUUGGAAAAACCUAUUCUAUGUCUGUGUACCUGGUGAGGCAGCUGACAUCACCACUGCUGCUGCAGAGACUGAGGAUGAAGGGCAUCAGAAACCCAGACCACUCCAGAGCACUGAUUAAAGAGAAGCUGACAGCAGAUCCAGACAGUGAGAUUGCUACAACAAGCCUUCGAGUCUCACUCAUGUGUCCGCUGGGUAAGAUGCGACUGACGGUGCCAUGCCGAGCGGUGACCUGCUCUCACCUGCAGUGUUUUGACGCCGCUCUCUACCUACAGAUGAAUGAGAAGAAACCCACCUGGAUCUGUCCUGUGUGUGACAAGAAGGCUGCGUACGAGAGUCUCAUCAUUGAUGGAUUAUUCUUGGAGAUCCUGAAUGACUGCUCAGACGUGGAUGAAAUCAAAUUUCAGGAGGAUGGAACCUGGUGUCCCAUGAGACCAAAGAAAGAGGCAGUCAAGGUCCCCUCUCAGUCAGUUCCAAAAAUUGAGACUCCUUUGCGCCAGCCGUCAGCGGUCUCCCAUUCUACUGAGCCGAGCGCCACCAAGAAGGCUGACGUGAUUGAUCUUACUCUGGAAAACUCCUCCUCUGAUGAUGAUGAUGAAGAGGAUACGGACCCUCCAUUGAAGAAACGCUGUAUUUACAUUUCCAAGAGCGAAGAGAUGCAUGCGAAGGGAGUGUUGACCUACCCGCCCACUGUGCGCAUGCCAAACGUCCAGUCCCUGGACCCAUCUUUUCUGACCUCUACGCUUGCUGACUAUGCAGUCCCCUUCCACCCAUCCACCCUGGCCACCAUCCCAACAGACAUGCAGAGUCUGGAUUUGUUUUCCUUAAUUCAAGCAGAUCCUCAGCAUUACCGGCCUCAGAUGUUUUUGGAUAACCUGACGAGCAGCAUGCAGAGCACGGCCGCAGCCAGCACCAGCUCAGCGCUGGUCUCCUCCAGCGGCCACUAUGACACUAACGCCCAUGCUGCCAGCUCCAUCCACGAAACCCGGGUCAUCACAGGAGGAGGCAGAGCAGCUGGAGGAGGGACCGACAGUGGCAUUUCAGACAUCAUUUCACUAGACUGAGCCCACGUCUCACUGAACCUUUUCAGGCCCCCUUUUUGGUUUUUUUGUGGCCUUUUUUUUUUUUUUUCGUCUGGGCAACAUGUUCAUAACAUGUUUAAGUUUUACAUGGAAGCACCCAAAUUGGUAUACAUGAGCACUUUGACAGCCUGAGCAUUUACACCAGGCAUUUUUCUUUAGGCCCUUUGUUUUUUCAUAAACAAAUGUUCUUUUUUUUAUCCUAUCUGCUGUGGUAGGAUAAUAAAUGGUUUGUCAUGAAGAUGUGACAGUUUCCCUAAUCUGUGUCUGUGAUUUGCCAAUUUUUCUUUUCAAGUUCUCUGGGCUUCGGCAGUAGAGGACUCUUCUUUUUUUGUUGUGAUAUCCUUUAAUCACAUUAGAUCCAAACAAAAGAGGGUUUUAGCCUCAGUUUAGUCCACAGUGCCCUGUUGUUUUAGCUUUGGUUUUAGUCCAGUUUGGGGAAAACCUCUGUGUCUCUGCCUCAUUUGGGUGUUUCACUCUUUUCACCAGCCACCCACUGCCUUCAGCUCUGUUCCACUGCGUGUCGGGCUGAGAGCAUCGCACUCAGUGGAAUCGGUGGAGGUGGCAACCCUUUCACAUUGCGGAGUCAUUCACGUCAGCGUUUAUAUCAGAAAUAUUGCCUUAAUCAGGACUUUCUUUGUAUUUCACCGUACAGUUUCCAUCCUCAGCUCUGCGGAGGUCUUCCUGGCACAUAGAUAAAUGUUGCUAACACUUUUUAAAAAGUUUCUUCAGUGUUGGAAAAACCUCCCAACAGUGAACUCUCCAUUUAUACCAAUUUGUUUGCUCACACGUACGUUUAAAUCUGACUUCAGGCCUGUUCUGGCCCUGGUUGACGUGAACUGCGGGCCUCAUUGCAUGGAACAGAGUCAGGAUGAAGGGAAGAAGAGCUUGGACUCACAGCAAGAUCUUGUUUCGCACAGCAUCUUUGCAUCCAUGUAAAUGAAUGGUUGGAAGUAGGAAGCCCCUCAGUGGUAAAAGACUUGUGGACUGAUAAGCAGACUGUGGAGGUGUGUGGCCUCCUCACGUACCCCACACAGGGCUCUUCUUGUAUCUGCUGGCUUUCCAAAGCUCCUGUUUGGACUUUAAUUCCCACUGAUGGAAACACAGAACAGUUGGCGCUCAGUACUUUGAUGUGGGUUGUUACUGGGCAGCUUUCAUGUCAUACCAAUGUAAAUUUUGCUCCUUUGUUUUUACUGUAAUUUAGUCAGAGCAAUAAUAAUUUAACUAGUGUUAGGUUAGAUGAAGGUGUAAAUGUAGUUUGGAUACUCAGUAAAUGAUUCCACCUGGUUCAUACCACUCUGCCACUCUGCCUCCCAAAUCAAACUUUCUUUCCUCUGUGUAUGGUCAAGUCUCUCUCUCUCUCUCUCUCUCUCUCUCUAUAUAUAUAUAUAUAUAUAUAUAUAUAUAUAUAUAUAUAUAUAUAUAUAUAUAUAUAUAUAUAUAUAUAUAUAUAUAUAUAUAUGAGAGAGACACAUGAUUUUGUUUUGUUGGAGGAGAAAUACACCUAAAGGUCGCUCAUUUCUUUUCUUUCAUAGAGUCAGGUGUUGACAUGGAUGUCCAUCUCAGAGCUGGAGUCAGGAUGUGGUUAGCCUAGCUCAGCAUAAGGAGUGGAAAUGGGGGGCAGGGGUCCGCUGGCCUGGCACGGUCCAAAGUUCUAAAAUAAUAACACGUAUCUCACUAGUUUGCUUCUCACUCAGUUAGAAAUGGAAGAGCCACAGUUUGUGGUCUUAGUGUGUGGUACCCCUGCCUUCAGUCUUUAUGUUAAGCUAGGCUAAACAUCACAUCGUGUCUCUAACCCUGUACUUAACCUACAGACCUGGGAUUGAUAUCCAUCUUCUCAUCUCACUCUUGGGAAAUUAAGUCUAUAAGUGUAUUUGUCCAAAUAUUGAACUGUUUUUUUUUUUUUAAACAAAUGUUCUCAUCAGCUUUGACAAGUCUGAGACAGAUUAGUGGAUUUUUUUUUAAAUAAUGUGAAGUUUGUGCUGCCAAAAGUCUAUAAUUUCCUUCCCUUCUGUUAACACUUGGUAAUUCACCUGAACUCUGACCUCUCUGCUAGUUUAGGCCCAUGUUGUAUGUUGAUAACACCUUGUGUUGUGUUGUGUUGUCUUGUGUUGGGAUGGGACGGACGGAUGUGGCAUGAACAUCUGCUCAGUGUUAACACCUUCAUUCAAGCCCACUUUCUUACAGUUAAUAGCAAGCAGCAGCAAAGAAUGACAAACAGGGCAGCUACUGUUUAAUAACUACAUUAUGUGGAUGACUUGCUGUUUAUGUGGACGCACCCCUCCAGCCAUUGAGCGCUCAAUCUCAGGGACCUACACUCCUCUUUAAAGUACGGACACAUAGAAAUAACACUGUCAGCAUUUGUAACUGAAACACAGAUGGUGGUGUAAGGGCUAGGCUAACGUAGAAUCAGUUUAGGUCAGUGUAUCUGUUUCAUUCAAACAUAAUAAUGAAUGUUGAUGUUAAGGCAGUGAUGAGGCUCAGUCCACCCAAAUGGCAUUAUGUAGUUAUGAGGAAGGUUUUGUUUUAUGUAAACAGGUUUUGAGUCUUGAGAUUUCAGUCAUGCCAUUUAAAAACAAUCAACAUCAGCGUGUUUUGCAGAUUCAGUGUCUGUGUUACUCUGGAUAAUUCACACACCGGAGACAGUCUUGAGUAGAACUACUAUGAAAACUGUUGAUAAAUUCAGUUCACCAUCCAUUUAGAAACAGAUAUCUCAAAAUCUGGACAAAGAGAACCAAACCUGUCAGAUGUAGGUGAGAAGAUAUGUUUUUGUAAUUUUGGUGAAUCAGCCCUUUGCAGGUUUAAUAACUCAACGAAGUUCAGACUUCAGCAACGCUAUCCAAUCCUUUUCCCAUUUGUGCAGCUCCUUUCAUCUGGAAAAAAAAAAGGCAUUAGUGAAGAGAGGUCAGUGUUUUGUGAAAUUACUGA